CAUUCAUCCCCAUACACCCUUACCCAGUCCUCCCUCAUACGCACUGUCACGUGCAUGCUUGCAGCAGUAAACAUAUGGAGUACUACUGCGUUCUUCUGCUCUGGAUCUGCAGCCAGCAGUUAGGAUUCCUUGACUGCUUCAACAUUGACACAAAGAAACCCAGGGUCAUCAAAGGCCCUAAACAAGCCCAGUUUGGAUACACUGUUCAGCAACAUGUGGCCAGUGGGGGAGAAAAAUGGUUAUUAGUGGGUGCCCCAUAUGAAAUGAAUGGACCUUACCAGACAGGGGAUGUUUAUAAAUGUUCACUGAGCAAACGAAUCAAUGGCAAUGGUUGCUCGAAACUCAAUUUAGGAAGGAUAUCUUUGACCAACGUAUCAGAGCGAAAGGACAAGAUGAGGCUGGGAAUGACACUCACAACAAACCCUAAAGACAACAGCUUUGUGGCCUGUGGGCCACUAUGGUCCUAUGAGUGUGGCAGCUCUUACUACAGCACAGGAAUAUGCUCCAGAGUCAAUGCAAGCUUCAAGUUUUCCAGAACGAUUGCUCCUGCCUUUCAGAGAUGUGAAACUUACAUGGACAUUGUGAUUGUCCUUGAUGGUUCAAACUCCAUCUACCCCUGGUAUGAAGUGCAGGCGUUUCUCAUCAACAUUCUUCAGAAGUUCCAUGUUGGACCAGGUCAAAUACAGGUUGGAGUUGUGCAGUAUGGUGAGAAGGUGGUCCAUGAAUUUAAACUGAGUGACUACAAAUCAGUUGAGGAGGUGGUGAACAGGGCACGCAGCAUCGACCAGCGUGGUGGAGAGGAGACAAACACAGCUCUUGGCAUCAACGUAGCACGCUCACAAGCUUUCAAACAAGGAGGUCGACGUGGUGCCAAGAAGGUAAUGAUAGUGAUAACUGAUGGAGAGUCACAUGACAGCGCUGAUCUCCAGCAAGCCAUUGAAGACAGUGAGAAGGAUGGCAUCACCCGUUAUGCCAUUGCUGUGCUUGGUUACUACAACCGUAGAGGAAUCAAUCCUGAAGCCUUUCUCAACGAAAUCAAGUACAUCGCAAGUGACCCUGACGACAAACACUUCUUUAAUGUAACAGACGAGUCAGCACUGAAGGAUAUUGUGGAUGCACUUGGAGAGCGCAUCUUCAGUUUGGAAGGAACCAGUAAGAAUGGGACAGCGUUUGGCCUCCAGAUGUCUCAGGCAGGUUUUUCCGUCCAUAAUGUGGAGGAUGGGAUACUGGUAGGUGCUGUUGGUGCUUAUGAUUGGAAUGGAGCAGUACUAAAGGAAAUACGACAGGGGAAGGUGAUCCCCUCAAAGGCAUCCUACACACAGGAGUUCCCUGAAGAGCUCAAAAAUCAUGGUGCCUACUUGGGUUAUACUGUAACAUCUGUGGUGUCAGCCAGAAAUGGCCGCCUGCUUGUAGCAGGAGCUCCACGAUUUAACCACACCGGCAAAGUGAUCAUCUUCACUCUGAAGAACUCUGGGAACCUCACCGUCCUGCACUCACUCAAAGGUCAUCAGAUUGGCUCCUACUAUGGCAGUGAGAUUGCACCUGUGGAUAUUGAUGGAGACGGUAUAACUGACAACCUUUUGGUGGCAGCACCGAUGUUCUUCAGUGCAGGCUUGGAGAAAGGAAAAGUCUACAUUUACCGAGUAACAGAGCUGAAUCGUUUUGUCUUUGAAGGAGUGUUGGAAAUCCAUAAUGGUGGCCAGAAUGCUCGCUUUGGUUCAUCCCUUGCUCCUGUCCCAGAUCUGAAUGGUGAUGGGUUCAAUGACUUGGUUGUUGGGGCACCUUUGGAAGAUGACCACAAAGGAGCUAUCUAUGUUUUCUUUAGCCAGCACAACAGAAUACUGCGAAAAUAUAAACAGAGAAUCGCAGCAGCAGAUUUGGCUCCAGGUCUGCAGUACUUUGGCCGCAGCAUUCAUGGCACCAUGGACAUGAAUGAUGAUGGUUUAGUGGACCUGGCAGUAGGUUCCCUUGGUGCUGCUGUUCUACUUUGGUCACAGAGUGUUGUCCGGAUAUAUGCCACUGUCAACUUUGAGCCCAGCAAGAUCAACAUCUUUGUAAAAGACUGUCAGAGAGGUGGCAAAGACGUGACCUGCAUGUCAGCCAUUGUGUGUUUCAACAUCACUGCCAUGACAGCCAUUCCUCCUGCACAGGACAUCGGGAUCAAGUAUAAUAUCUCCAUUGUUGAGAGACGUUUCAGCCCUCGAGCCAUAUUGGAUGACCUGAAUAUGCUGCAGCCUCAAAACCUGACUCUUCUUCCUGGACAAGAGACCUGCCAACACAUUUACUUCCACGUCAUGGAGACCACAGACUAUGCAAGGCCCAUAGUGUUUGCUGUGCAAGUAGGGCUGCAAGAUCCGGACCAUGCACCUGUUCUGGAUGAAAGCUGGCCCACUCUUGUGAAGACAGAGCUUCCCUUCUGGAAUGGCUGUGAUGAGGAUGACCGCUGCAUCCCUGACCUGUCGCUGCACAGUACAACCGACCUGAUGACUCGAAAUCAGUUCUGUGCCCAUCCUGUGCAGUCUCGUGGUGUUUUCUGUCGCCACCAAAGUGAAGGAGGGUCUGUGGGAUCUCUGCGGGUGCUUGAGGCAAACACAAGGAGGAUGGUGGUGGAUGUCAAACUGGAGAACAAAGGAGAGAAUGCCUAUAAUGCUCUCCUUAAUAUCACUUACACAUCAAACCUACGUUUCUCUAGCCUCAUAGUCAAGGAUAAUUCUGACAUCAAAAUUGAAUGUUACAUGGAGGACAAGUUGAAGAAUGAGAAGAUUUGCAACGUCAGCGCACCAUUCAUGAGAGCCAAAAUGCAGGUGUCAUUUCGUCUAGAGUUUGAGUUCAGUCGUACCAACUUCCUAGAUCACCUCAGAGUUAUCCUGGAGGCCAGCAGUGAUGGGGAGGAAAUAAGCACAGCUGAUAAUUUCAACAAUAUCUAUUACUCACUGAAAUAUGAGGGCGACCUUCUCUUCACGAGGCAUUCAAAUCCUACUCGGUAUGAGAUCAAAUCAGAGCUGUCACUGGAGGAGCCUGGCAUUAUCGGCCCUCCUUUCAACUUUACUUUCCAGAUCCAGAACCUUGGAUACUUUCCAGUAAGGGAUCUGCAGCUGAACAUUGAGAUCCCAGAAAUGACGAAAAAUGGAAACCAGCUCUUGCAGAUAUCUGAUUUCCAUAUUGACCAGAGAGAUGGCACACACUGUUUACCACCUCAGCAUGUAGCACAGAGCAGGGCAUCACCUGAGGAUCUCUCACGCUUUUCUCGCUUGAACCAGUCCAACACGCUAACCCUGCCAAUCCAGUGUGCAGUCAAUGUAGCUUCCUACAGAGAAAUUGCAGCUAGAAUCACAGGGGCACUGAGAAUAGAUACGCUACACGCUCUGAAGUUUAAAAUCUUGGAACUGGUAACUACUGCUUCAGUGGAGCUGCCCCCUUCCAGCCCCAUGUUUUUACAUGAAGAGAGGCCUGUCAGGCAUAUAAUAUUGGAGAUCAGGAAGGAAGGAGAUUACAGGAUCCCCACCUGGAUUAUCAUUGGUAGUACGCUGGGAGGACUGUUGUUGUUAGCUCUACUCAUUCUGGCUCUAUGGAAGCUCGGCUUCUUCCGGAGGCAGAAACGGAGAGACAAGGACGAGCAGGAAGUUAACGGGAAGGUGGCGGAAGAGCGGUAACGCAGGCUGAUGGCUCUCAGCAGAUGCCUUUUCCAAAGGGGACGCCACACUCAGGGACCAACCCAACUUCCCCCUGCCUCCUCAUCAUGGCAGUGGCAGUACAUAGAUGGCUCCACAUGACCGCUGAAGCAAGGCUUAUUCAGUGCACUGGACCUGUCCCAUGCCAUGACCCCUGACCCCAGAGUCAGCACUGUCACACUCACUUAGAAAUCCUGCACUGUUGGGAUUAAGGGUCUCUUUUUAUCUAUGCAUUCCACCGUCCACGAUGUCAUCCCACCACAGAUCUUGGAGCUCUGGUGCUUAUUUUUUAAAGCAAUUGUAAAGAGAAAUGAAGUGAGCUUUAAUUGAUCUAUUCCAAAGAUUUCAGGAUAUGUUUUGCCUUUCAGGCAAAUAGUAGGCGAUCAGUCUUUUAUCUCUUCUUGGUGUGUAUUUAUUUGUCUUUGGAAAAGUUUGAAUUACAUGAAAAACCUCAAGGGUGACUUGGCACCCAACAAUUACCAUAAAUGUAAAGAUAUAUUGUAUAUUAAAUUUGAAGUUCAAAGGUUUUUAUCUGCAGCAGGUUCAGUUGACAUAAUUUAUUAAGAACCAAAACUGAACUGAAGUCACCCAAGUACGAAGAAUAUUCAUGAACACUUUUUUUCAACUUGUAGAAAGAAAAAUGCUAUAAUUUUGCAUCCUGUAAAACAUGCAGGAUGAUUUUUUUAAAUAUUUGAUGCACUUUUUACAUGUAUGUACAAAAUUAACUUGAAUUUGUAAAUAGUCAAGUGCCUUUUAAAAUCAUUUCAAUGUUAUGACUUACAAUGUUUUCCAGAUUUUUUUAUAGCAAUCCUUUUUUUUAACUUAAGAGAAAAUUCAGUUAUGUGUUACAAAACCUAUUACAAUAUGACACAGUCGCAUGCCUUUUAACAUGCACAGCAUCAAAGCUAAGGGUGUACAUUACAUAUUGCCAAUAAUUUUUCAAGAUAAGCAAAUUUAUAUUGAGCUGUCACUAAAUGAUAAGCAAAGGCAAAAAACACGAGUCCAGUUAAUGCAUAUUUCUCCUGGCGUUGUAUUG